AUGUCCUGCUACGACCUGUGUCCUCCCACCUCAUGUGGCCCAACCCCACUGGCAAACAGCUGCAACGAGCCGUGUGUCAGGCAGUGCCAGGACUCCACAGUGGUGAUCCAGCCCUCUCCCGUGGUGGUGACCCUGCCCGGCCCCAUCCUCAGCUCCUUCCCGCAGAACACCGCCGUGGGCUCCUCAGCGUCUGCAGCCGUCGGGAGCGUGCUCAGUGCUGGUGGGGUCCCCAUCUCCUCUGGCAGCUCCUUGGGAUUGGGGAGCUUUGGUUAUCCAGGCCUGGGCAGUGGCUACAGCCGACCCUACCGUCGCUACAACUCCUAUCGCAGUGGCUUCUACGGGCCGUGCUAA